CUCAACAUUUUGCAUUUUCAUUAACAUUUGACCAUGAGUCCAUCACCUUCAUGACCGAAAAGCAUAUGCUUCUAUAGGCAAGCUCAUUAUCCAUAUUUUGUUUUCCCGGGCAACUCCAUUAUUGCAGUUCCACCAUUUCUUCAACUGUGAUACUGAUGAUUUCAAAGAAGCUAAUGCUUCUUCGAAAUCACUCCUAUUUUCUCAAUCGUUCCAGUUUCUUCCCAAAAUUUCUAUAUUCACAUUCUUCUUUCUCGCUUGCUGGCACUGUAUCAACUUCCAUAACUGUAAUUUCAUCCCUUUCCGUCUCUUAUGGCCCUUCUCUGCAAAAGGGUACUAUUAUUUCCAAAACCCAUCAAAACCCAUUUCUAAUUACUCCUCUUAAUACCACACAAAAACCCCAAAUCAGCGAAAAUGGUGAAGAAAUCCCAUUUGAAGAGGACCAAUUUACUCGGGUGUUUGAAAUUUCUGCUCUUAGGGUUCCUUCCGAGAAGUGUUAUGAGUUAGAAGGUAGACUUCGUGGGCAUUUGCUGAAUUGGGCGCGUAUUCCGAAUGUUGCUAGGGUUCCUGGGGAUGAAAUUGAUGGAGAAAUUCAACAGUUUUUGACGAGAAAGGAAGAAAUUGGGGAUGAAGACGGGGUUUUGAAGGGUGUGAGUCGAAGAAUUGAUGGGAAAGCUGAUGGGGAUGGGGAGGAAUUAAGUGGGGUUUUGUAUAGGGAUAAGCUUGUUAAGGAGUUUAAUGUUAAGGGUUUUGUUAAGUUUAGGAAUUUAGCUAAGAUUUCGAGACCCAAUAAGAAGAAGAGGAGGAACGAGGGGCGCCGCGACGAGGAUGGGGAGAAGAGGAAGAGGAAGGGGAGUGUCAUAGUAGAGGUUGUGGAAGAGGGAGAGGAUAUUGGUGAUGGUGAUGAUUUGAGUGGGUUAUUAGGGGAUGAGUUUAAGGGAAGGAAAUGGAAGGAUUCUACAAGGUUGUUGCUUUUAGAUGAAUAUUGUGCUGGGAAGAAUUUUCAUGAGCUUCCUGAAGCUGUUAAGGCAGUUCUUAAUGAAAGUUCAAGUGAGGUUACAAGGUUAAGCUAUGAGCUAGUGAGGUGUAAGCUGACCUUGUUGUAUGAUUACUGGUCAAGUGAUGAGAUCUUAAGGGCCUUGUUGCCGAAGGACAUGGACAUUCCUUCAGCUUUUGAAACUGUUGGGCAUAUUGCGCAUUUUAACUUAAAAGAUGAAUAUUUUCCAUACAAAAAAGUUAUUGCUAAGGUCAUUCUGGACAAAAAUAAACCAAAGAUCAAAACAGUUGUAAAUAAAAUAGAAGCUAUCAGUAAUGAUUACAGAACAAUGGAGCUAGAGGUACUAGCUGGUAAUCACUCCCUUGUUACGACUGUCAUCGAGAAUGGAUUGCGUUUUCAAGUUGACUUGGCCAAAGUCUACUGGAAUUCCAGGUUAUCAACUGAAAGACAAAGGCUCAUAAGUUGCUUUACCAGUGACGAUGUAUUAUGUGAUGUUUUUGCUGGAGUUGGCCCAAUAGCUUUAUUUGCAGCAAAGAACGUUAAACGUGUAUACGCAAAUGAUCUGAAUCCUUGUGCAGUUGAUUAUCUUGAAAGAAACUGCGUCCUCAACAAGCUAGAUAGGAAAGUUAAGAUAUAUAACAUGGAUGGGAGAAGGUUUAUCGAGGCUAUAUUCACGAGCGACCAAAUCCCUUAUGUUACACAAGUAAUCAUGAAUUUGCCAAAUAAUGCCGUGGAGUUCCUAGACGCAUUUCGUGGGAUUUUCAAAAACGUACGUAAGGAUAGAAAAUUGACCUUGCCAACAAUCCAUGUUUAUGGAUUCUCAAAGGCAGAAGAUCCCGAGUUUGAUUUCCACGAGCGGAUAAGAGUGGCGUUGGAAGAGGCGGCCGUUUCUGUCGAUAUGCGACGUGUUCGUGCUGUUGCACCCGGAAAAUGGAUGCUGUGUGCCUCAUUUGUACUUCCUGAGAAGGUGGCUUUUAGCAAGGAGAUGGAUAAUGUAGACUGUAAAUAAUCAUCUAAUAUUCCAAAAUUAAUUAAUUAGUUAUAGGUCAAUUUGUAUUUUGUUGCACAUUAUUUUCCCAUAAUUAAUUAUUUGCUGUAAAACUACUAUGCAAUACACAUAAUAAUGGAAAUUCCCCAGGAAAGUUCUGGAAGUUGUGGCUUGAAAGAGUUCAAUUUUAUUGAUUCAC